GCUGGCUGUAAGAUGGCGGCUUAGUGAGACUCCGAAGGAGGAGGAAAAGCAAAAAGGAGCCCGGGCCUCGGUGGGGGAAGCCGAGCCGCGUGCCUUCACGUCAGGUCACCCGCCCGUCUGGCCGGCUGGUACCUCCAGCGCUGCCACCUGAGGAAUCCAGGGAAACUGUAACCAUGAAUAACUCAUUGGAUAACACUAUGUCGUUCGAGGAAUACAUUCGAUUGAAAGCACGUACUAUCCCCCAGCAUCGAAUGAAAGAGUUCCUGGAAUCACUAGCUGCCAAAGGACCUGAAGCACUACAGGAAUUCCAGCAGGCCACCAUGACUGUGUACCAGCAGGGUGGCAACUGCAUCUACACAGACAGCACUGAGGUGGCUGGCUCCCUCCUUGAGCUUGCGUGUCCUGUAACGUCAACUGUACAACAGCCAGAGCAUCAGAUCCAACAACAGGCACAGCAAAUCCAGGUUCAGGUUCAGGUGCAGCAAUCACCCCAGCACGUCUCCACACAACAGCUGUCUCCCCAGCUCCAUCCAUCAUCUGAUCAGAUUCAGGUCCAGGUACAGUCACAACCAGUUACUGCCCAACAACAGCAGUCUUCACAGAUUCAGGCCAUGCAUAGCCCUACCACAGCUCAGCAGCUCCAGGCCACUCAGAUCUCUGUUCAGCACAUUCAGCCUUCCCAGCAAAUGCAAACCUCAGAAAUCUCUGACGAACACAUUCAGCACCAGCAUAUUCAAGCUCAGCUCGUCUCUGGCCAAACUCAACAAAUUCAGAUUCAAACAGUGAGCUCACUUUCUCCUACUCAACAACAAGGAUCACCUCGUGAAGGGGAACGGCGGUCCAGUACAUCAAAUGUACUCCAGCCAGUUAAAAAGCGCAAGGUGGACAUGCCAAUCACUGUUUCAUACACUAUUACCGGGCAGCCUGUAGCCACGGUGCUAGCUAUUCCACAAGGACAGCAGCAAGGGUAUGUGUCUCUAAGACCUGACCUUUUGACAGUGGACAGUGGUCACCUCUACACGACAGCAGCUGGUACAAUUACCAGCCCUAGUGGGGAAACAUGGGCUAUCCCUGUUUAUUCUACACAACCUUGUACUGAUAUUCAGCAGCAAAGUGCCACACAUGUAACCAUCCCUCAGGAGGCCUACAAUGUUGUGCAAGUUGGUGGUUCACCUACGGCUGUAGCAGCUGUGAAGUUGGAGGAUGACAAAGAUAAAUUGGUGACCUCUGGAUCUGUUAUGAAGAACUCUCAUGAGGAGGUGGUACAUACGCUGGCCAAUACCAUCUUUCCAGCACAGUUCAUGAAUGGCAACAUUCAUAUUCCAGUGGCAGUACAAGCAGUGGGAGGACCAUACCAGGCACAGGCACAAUCAAUGCAGCUGUGGGAUCCCCAGCAGCAACAUCAGCCGCAGCAGCCACAACUACAGCCCCAAUCAGUGCAGGUGGCUGAGGUGGAAUCUCCACCUCCACCACCUCCAGAGGUGCUUCUCCCAAAUACCUUGAAACCUGAGGAAGGCCUUGGUGUCUGGAAAAGUUGGGCAGAGACCAAGAAUGCAGAGUUUGAGAAGGACUCGGAGAACAGGCCAGCUCCCAUUGGUAGACGUCAACCAUUACGCUUCCAGGAAGAUCUUCUGUCGUCAGCUGUAGCAGAACUGAAUUAUGGGCUAUGUCUUAUGCUAAAGGAAGCACGAAAUCCAGAGGGUGAGGCAUACAACCCUGACAUGGUGUACUACAUAUGUCUCUGCAUACAAAAGUACCUAUUUGAAAAUGGCAGGGUGGAUGAUAUAUUUUCAGAUAUCUACUACACAAAGUUUACAGAGAAGCUACAGGAGGUGUUGAAAGAUUGGCAACCUCAGGUCAGCUCUUUGGGUUAUAUGAUCCCCAGCCACAUCACAGAGGAGAUGUUGUGGGAAUGCAAGCAACUUGGUGCUCAUUCACCUUCCACCCUUCUUACAACUCUCAUGUUUUUCAACACCAAGUACUUCCUGUUGAAGACUGUAGAACAACACAUGAAACUGGCAUUCUCAAAAGUGGUGCGACAAACAAAGAAAAACCCUCUGAAUCCCAAGGAUAAAAGCACAAGCAUUCGCUAUCUGAAGGCAUUGGGCCUGCACCAAACGGGACAGAAAGUUACAGAUGAUAUGUACGCAGAGCAGUCUGAAAAUCCAGAGAACCCACUGCGGUGUCCCAUCAAACUCUAUGACUUCUACCUCUUUAAAUGUCCCCAGAGUGUGAAGGGCAGGAAUGACACCUUUUACCUGACACCUGAGCCAGUGGUCGCCCCAAACAGCCCGAUCUGGUACUCCACCCAACCAAUCAAUAAAGAGCACAUGGAACAAAUGUUGACUCGGAUUCUGACCGUGCGAGAAAUCCAGGAAGCUUUUGCCAUAGCUGCUGCGAACCUGCACUAAACCCUGGAUGUGAACCGAGGAGCGAAACGCACCUUGUGUACUGCGGCAACACACAGAUUAGUGCAGCUUCAACUAAGUCUUUUGGAAGUUUCAGGAAAAUGUCAUCAGAUGUGUAUCUGCGGAUAAUAUAGUUUAAUCGGGUUUCAAUACCAGAAACAAGGAAUCUGGCAAUUACUUUACUCAGUGGGCAAUUUGAUUUUUUUUUUGUUUUGAGCCCAUAGCAGCAUUUUGUGGGAUGCAGAAAAUCCUGUCAACGUUUGGAAACCCUGUCAUGAACUCCCAUCACAAGGAACGCCAGAUCCCUCAGGGUGAACUCAUCAUGUGAUUGGUGUAAGACAGGCUUGUUGUAAUACUUCUACCAAUUGCUGACAUCGACUGGGCCUCCACUGAAAAGAAUUGGACAUGAAAAGGAGAAUGAGAAACUGAUGAAGGUUUAUAAAAUUAACAAGCUUUUCAGUACUUUAAAAAAAAAUGAUGUUUUUAGACAGUGACUAGAACUGAAGACAUUUCACACAUCUGGCCUUGUGCAGAGGCCUCAACUCCAGGCAAAGUGCACAGAGGAAAUUAUUGUAAUAUACUCAUGUACCAUUAUAAAGAGACCUUUCUGUUUCUCUGUGUUUCUGUUCUAAUAGUCUGUACAACACAGCAAGUAACUCUUCCAUCCUAGGAUGAUGCAAAGAGAUUUUCAUUGUGGUAGAAUGAAGUACACAGCUUGGGGAAGAGGGCAGGCUCAUCUUGUACUUGCUCAUUUCCCAUGUGUAGUGCACUCAUUGAUCAGCUGGCGGUAUACUGUUUGCUAAAUUCUUCAAAAUGAAAUGAAGUCACUCGUUAGGUCAAAUAAUUUCCACUACUUUCCAAUCUUCACUUUUAGUCCACUUGAUGCUUCUCUUCAUUACUGCCAUGUUUAGGCUAAGGCACUAUUAAUACCUGAGGAUGCUGUAACAUUAUGACCUGGUAAAUUUGGCAUUAUUCCUGGUACUGUAUUUAUUGUGAUACUUAAAUAUCACAGUCAUGGUGUAAAGAUACAGUGACUUUAUUUUGGGGAAAAAGUUGAUUUUAUACAUUUUUUGCUAGAAAGGAGAUGAUUUGUUAAGACUAUAUUGCAAUAUUUCGAGUGUCACAUGAUCCGAAAUUUGCUGUGUUUCCCACUUCUGUACAGGGUUGUAAAGUUAAAUUGCAAUCUUUACCUGCCAAUACUGUGAAACGGAUCUUGUUGAACAUAACCCAUAAUGUAGGAAAACAAACUGUCAUGAUGUUCUUCAGUGGUUUGAAUUAACACAGGGCUUAGCUGAUCUAGUUUUAGGCAUUAGAGUAUUUUGAAAAUACUGAAUGCUAUAUGAUCCACGUUUCAGUUUGUGUUCUGAAAAACACGCCUUUAGAUUGACUGCUUUGGUACAGAGCUGAAAUCUUGUUUCUCUUAGUUGCAUUUUGUUCUUGGAAUGACUGCAUGCUCAGAUUCUAGCAGAAGGUGAGUUUGUUUAGUUAAGCAAAGGGACAAUUAGUCAGAUUUUUGUUUUAAUGCAUAAAUGUAAGAUUUGGUCAACUAUGGUAAUACUGCACCUAUCCAUCAACACCUUCUGUUGAUUUAGUUUGAGUAUGUGCAUCAGAUUAAGAGCUCGGAGAGGUUAGGAGUAUACCUGCUGGUUCCCCUUCAAUCUGGCAAUCUGAGUGCCUUCUGAUGCUUGUUUAGCAUCUACAUUACCAGAGUGGAUGGUGAUUGCCAAUCAGGGGGUCAAGAUCUACUCAUCUAGUGUACUUGCUACCAGGAAACAUGAGCUGUGCUGCAGUGAGGCACAGAGAUCUGACUGGUACUCUGACUGGAUCUGUGGAACAUACUGUUCCAAGUGUGUUUCUUUAACCUGUCUCUCUCCUGCCCUUCCGCACCUUCCUCCACUGACUAAAUUGAUGCUGUUAAUUCGCAGCUAUGUAAUUUUCAUUCACAUUUUGUGAAAAUAAGUCUUUAAAUCAAAUAUAUGUUUUUCUUUUCAAGAAAGUGGUGCUUUCAGCUUUAAAAAGAAUUAUGGUCCUGCAUAUCGGAUUUUGGAGGAUGUUAGAAAACCUCUGACUUUUUUUAAAAUUGAGGUUAUUUGAUAAAGGAGCUACUCUUGAAACAGCACAUUCCCUGAGCAAUCGACCCUAACUGGGAACAAAGCAAUGGCUACUUACAUCUGCCUCUCUCUCCUGUAUAAAUGUUUUCAUUGCAGGUUAUUUCCUUUUCUGAACUUAUUCAGCUUUGUAUGGAAAGUGUAGCCAUUGAGAUUGUGAUGUGUGUGAUAUUAAAAGGGUUGAGUUGAAGAUAGUAACAACAGUUGCAAUGAAAGUGGGUUUGGAAAUGAGACAAUCUAUUCCACUGACCUGGUUAUUCAGACUUGUGUGCAAAUAUCAAUUAGCAACUUUCCGAUCAAAUUAUUCACACACUUUUUGCUUAUCUUAUUGUAUCAAGGCCCAGCAACUGCAAAUGUCCAAUGUAUGUUUCUGGUUAGUUCAGUGGGAACACCUGCAACUAAUAGCCAUUGUUCACUUGCUAGCAUAGCUCCAGGCACAUGCUCACAGCCUGUAAGUAGUUUUAUAUCUUGGGUUGUUAAAAAUCUUGUCUAUUUAAACAACCGUGAUCUUAAGGAAUUUUCUGUGACUUUAUCAAAAGUAGCUUUCUUUUUUGUUUGUCUAGUUGUAUGCACUGCAUUCAGUGAGAAUACAGCUGGCUUCUUGGAGCUUUCAACCCUUUAAUCCCAGUUUCAAUCUAAAUUGAUCUGUGAUAAAGUGAGGUCAGUUUCUAAAAUAUCUACUUCAAAAUGCAAAUUAGAGUUACAUCAUAUUUACAAGUUUCCAUACUUUAUUUAAAUAUUUUUGGGAUAAUUUUGGCUUUCUCGCAAGCAAUUGGUCUUCUAAAUUCAUGAACUACUCAAACAAAAGAGUUGCUGUUAACCUGUGCAGCAUUACCUCCACAUUCCUGUAUUAGACUUUGUCCAGGGCAGCUGUGGUGCAUUUCUGUGCAGAUUUUAUUAUGAUAAAUGCUCUUCUCCAUCACACAACCUGGCACACAACACAGCAACAGGAAGAAGAGCAGCUCUGCCUCAACUGCAUUUACUGGCCUUGGCUUUGUUUAAUGCUCUUGCUGUAAAAUGUCUAUUGGUCUUAGUUUUCAAAUUCAGUUGACCAAAGCAUCUCUGAACUGAACCUGUAACUUUUCUGGGCUUGGAGAGUAUUUCAGAAUUGCUUCCUGUAUAUAGGAGUGCUUUCUGACUGACUUCUGAAUGACCUGGCUCUAAUUGGAAGAUAUAUUCCCUUAUUCUUAUCUUGGGCUCCCCCCAUUAGAAGAAGUAGGGCUAGUAAAGAAACUGCAAACUGCUUUAAUUAUACAUCCUUGGUUAGCUCAUCUUCUAACUUUCCAUAAUCAGAUGUAUAGAAGCCUAGCCUAUGCAAUAUGUUCUUUAUAAUUUCACCCUUUUAUAACUGGUAUAAUUCCAGUGAAUCCACACUGCACCCUCUCCGAGUACAAUGCAUUCUUCCCGUAUUGUUGCCAGAACUGACAGUGCUCCAGAUGUUAUGACAAGAGCUUUUUAAGGCUGUAGUGUAGUUUUCCUGCCUCAACUGAAUUGCCUUUGAUACAAUUUAAAACAAUCAUAAAACAGAGUUAAGAGUGAAUAAAAGUGCAUUGAAGCAGUGUCACUGACUGCCAGAAAGAGCAGUAGCAGGCCUGGUGUUGAAGAGAUAAUACCUUGUGCAGUGACACUGCUUCAGGACUGAUAUUGGGACACACAACCAGAAAAGCUGCUCACUGCCAUACUCUGCAGUUCCCAGUCUCCUCCAUCUUGCAAAAAUUAUUUGUUUAUUAUGUAACUCUUAUUGUAUUAUUAUUUUUUAAGUUCCUGAAAUUUCCCAAGUCAUGAGAGAUUCAGUAUCUCCGCAUUCCUGGCUGAGAGGAUAUCUAUUCACCUUUUUAUGGUUGGUUUUGUAUCUAACCUUGAGGUUUUAUUACUGCUGGUCAGAGACACUUCAAAGGAGAUUUGUUUUCUGAGUAAACUGUUUUUUGUUUCUGUAUUUGGCCAAACACACACUUGCUCACUUAUUCGUCCUAUCCAAGUAUCUGGACCAUCUGUUCCUAGUCCUUCACCUGUCACAACUGUUACAGGAGAUUGAGUGUUAUCUGGGGCAAUUCCUUUUUACUCUCUCUGCCACACCUCCUUCCACCCCCAUCCCAAUCACAUCUCCUUGCGAGUUUUGAGAAGAUUUGUAGCUCAGGUUGAGGUUCUGGAUGUGAGUUUGCUCGCUGAGCUGGAAGGUUAGUUUUCAGACGUUUCGUCACCAUUCUA